CUUCUCCUCGCAGAGCACCGUCGUUGCUGCCCUUGCACUCUCCGCGCACCGCCGGCCCCACGCACCCCUCCAGUCUCCCGACUCUGUCUGCGUCCUGCGUCUGAGCCGCCUCCGCCAUGCAAACUAUGAAGUGCGUCGUCGUCGGCGAUGGUGCCGUCGGCAAGACAUGUCUGCUGAUUUCCUACACCACCAACAAGUUCCCCUCGGAAUACGUCCCGACCGUCUUUGACAACUAUGCGGUCACCGUCAUGAUUGGCAACGAGCCAUACACCCUCGGUUUGUUCGACACUGCCGGCCAGGAAGAUUACGACCGCCUUCGCCCGCUCUCAUAUCCUCAAACGGAUGUGUUUUUGAUCUGCUUCUCCGUCGUCUCGCCCGCGUCCUUCGAGAACGUCAAGGAAAAGUGGCAUCCCGAGGUAACGCACCACUGCCCCGGUGUUCCUUGCAUCAUCGUUGGUACCCAAGUUGAUCUGCGCGAUGACUCGGCCACAAUCGAGAAGCUGGCCAAAAACCGACAGCGCCCCAUCACCCCCGAGGCCGGCGAGCGACUAGCAAAGGACCUGAAUGCUGUCAAGUACCUGGAGUGCAGUGCCCUGACCCAGAAGGGACUGAAGAAUGUCUUUGACGAAGCCAUCAUUGCUGCUUUGGAGCCUCCAUCAAAGUCCGGCGGGAAGAAGAAGUGCCGGAUCUUGUAAAGCCGCCACUUGGUCGCAUGUCGGCCGUGAUCCACCUCCACCACCGGAUCCAACGCUUUCCCACACCUCCUCCUCCUCCUCCUCCUCCU